CUGAAGAAGAAGCAAAUGAAGAAGACGUUCUGGGAGAAGAAAUAGAGGAGGAAGAGCCGAAGCCGGUAGAGCCGCCCGUCAAAGUAGAAGAGCCUCCCGUAAAAUCGCCUGACGUGAUUACGGAAAAGAAGGUAGUGAAAAUAACGUCAGAAAUAUCGCAGAUGGAGCGAAUGCAGAAGAGGGCUGAACGCUUCAACGUGCCCGUGAGCCUGGAGAGCAAGAAGGCAGCGCGGGCAGCUCGGUUUGGUUUGGCCACAGUUUCAACUAAAGGCCUCUCUGCAGACAGCAAACCCACGGUAAACAUGGAUAAAUUAAAGGAAAGGGCUCAAAGAUUUGGGUUGAAUGUCUCCUCGCUCUCCAAGAAGAGUGAAGAAGACGAGAAACUGAAGAAGAGAAAGGAGCGGUUUGGCAUUGUAACGAGUUCAGCCGGGGCUGGAGCUACAGAGGACACAGAGGCAAAGAAGAGGAAAAGAGCAGAACGCUUUGGGAUCGUCUGAUGCCGGUCCUUUUUAGCUUCAGCCCAUUUGCAGUGUGCCUCUCGAUUACGAAGUUUAAAAAUGAAGAAAAGUUGAGCAAAAAGAAGAAACUGUUCUCGGUGCGUCUCCGGUAGCUCGCAGUCCGGUGGUUUCCCAGCAGCUCGCACCGGAGGUACCGUCCGGCGGGGAGAGGUGGAGAGUGUCCCGCUGCCCUCCGAGUGUCGCUGGGAAACGCCUGCGCGGGGGAGAGUCAAACUCUGCCCGGUAAAGAGACGGGCAGGUAGAGCAACGGUAGGAGCGCAGCGUCUGCUGUGCGAUGGGGAAGGGAAAACCUUGAGGAGUGGAGAUAGAGCAGGGUUUGCUCUGCCCUCGGCGGUUGCUUUUCUAGUCUAAGGACUGCCGGCGUGCUGCUAAAGCAAGGACCGGUUUGCAGCGUGUUGUCUGUUUGCCGUCCGAUGCCGUCUCCACCUCUCAGACUGCCCUGGUCCUCUCCUCCUCCACCCUGGGGAAACGGGCCCCAAGGUUUGGCUGUAUCGUGGUCUCUUCCCGGCAGCUGGGACGAGAACGCGCCUCGUCUUGAGAGCACGAUGCAUUACGCGAGUCCUGCUCUGGAUCUCUGGCGUCUUACCCCUGGCUCGUCCGAGGUCUGGCGGGUUGAACGUCAGGGAAGGAUUUUCUCAAUUAUAUUGUCUCACGUUUUCAAAAAUGGAAGUGGCGUGUGUGGUCGCCGACACGCGGGGCAGUUUCACGACUGCCUUCCUUCCCAGGGUGAGGCUAAUGGGAAUUGUCAGAGCAAGAAUUGCUGAUUAACCCUAGAUCAAGAGCGGUGUCCUAAAACGAGGAGGAAAACGUAGCAAUGCGUUUGCAAACAGAGCCUGUUCUCACCACUUCGUUUAUCCCGCCUUGUUAAGCCCUCUGCGGCUCGUGGCGUUUCACCUACGUUUCCCAGGUUCCCCUAAGGUCAGUGAUACGUUUCUCCCCUUAAACGACAAACCAGCAGAGCCGCUUUGUCCCGGGCGUGUUCUCGGGCUGGAUUUUCUCUUGUCCCCUCUUUGCCUCAGAGUAGCUCCCAAGCUGGUUUAAUUCGCAGACUGGCUGAAGAAGCCCCAGUCUUCUCCGAGCUGCCAGGCGGUGCGGGAGAGCACCGGCGGUUUCCUGGGACCUGUGUUUUGAGCGUGGAAGUUCUCAGUAGCUGUGCAGGAACAGGGUUCCUUCUGCUGCGUUGUCCGUAACCCUUUUGGUGAAAUUACGGAAGAAAAAUCUGUCCGAGUCAGGUGAAAGGCAGCGCUGCCGCAGCUUGCGAAGCGCUCCGUGCUGCUGUAGCGUUUCCGGCGGCACCUUUGUUCUUGGGGAGCCGUAAAGAGCAGUUCCCCGGGGUGGCUUGCGUGGGUGGAAGAAGUGGUGGCAGUGGAGAAGCGCAGGACCCCGAAGCCGGCGGUGCUGGACUGGCGGCGCUGGGGCAGAGAGGAGCUGCCUGCUGCCCUUUCCUCCUUUGCCUGCCUGGAGAAUUAGUUUCACUCGCAAGCGUUCGUUCCCGCUGCAUCUCCCACCCUGCGCAGAGCUUUCCCUCACAGAUACCUCGGCCCCGGGCCUAAGCAGAAAUCUGUCUGUCUGCUUGGAUUUUUAGAUGGGCAUUGUGGCUGGAAUCCUUCUCUUGUCUGAAGACUGAUGUCCUAGGAUUCUUAUUUCUGACCGUAACCCCUUACCGGAGAGAUGUUUGCCUUGUCCAUGCUUGGUUUCUUAAGACGCUAGAGAACAGCGGCUGUGUGUCCAAAUCGAGCUUUUCAGAGGCUUAUACCUGAUUCUUAAUAAGCAAUAUAUAUAUAUUUUUUAACGUAGAAGUCUUCAAACCGCUUCUGUUCCAUUACUGUUUGCAGUCUGACUGCGUCCGUGUGCCCUCGGUGACUCUAAGCAAUACCUUGGACGUUUGUUUACUUUCCCAAAGGGCAGCUAAAAGCCACGGGGUCCGGGUUAGGUUGUGUGUCUUGGGUUGUCAGUGGCUGAGUGAAUCGAAGCUCCCUUGCUCCUUCCUGAUUUAAUGUAAUAACGUUAUUCUGAUUUUUUUUUUUUUUUGUAUGUCAGAUUUUGUAAGAUGUAUUUUCUAUUUGGCUCAUGAUCUUUUUGCUGGUUAUUUGCUUGAAAUGUUUUGUAGUGUGCCAGGGCAAACACUGCAUUUCAUUCUCGGUUUCAUAAUAAAACUGCUUCUCCAAGGCAA